GAGGAACCAAGAUCUCCCUGCCGAGUUCCCGGGGACACAGUUUGCAGUGCACUGAGGUGCUGUGUUAUGAGAAGAAUAUAGAGAUGGAUGACCAAGGCUGCCCGAGGUGUAAGACCACCAAAUAUCGCAACCCCUCCCUGAAACUGAUGGUGAAUGUGUGCGGACAUACUCUGUGUGAAAGUUGUGUCGAGUUACUUUUUGUUCGAGGGUCUGGUACUUGCCAGGAAUGCAACACUCCCCUCCGGAAAAGUAACUUUAGAGUGCAGCUCUUUGAAGACCCCACAAUUGAUAAAGAAGUGGAGAUCCGCAAAAAGAUCAUAAAAAUAUUUAAUAAGCGUGAAGAAGAAUUUCCAUCUCUGAGAGAAUACAACGAUUUUUUGGAAGAAAUUGAAGAAAUAGUGUUCAACUUGACCAACAAUGUUGAUCUUGACAACACCAAAAAAAAGAUCGAUAUGUACCAAAAGCUGAACAAAGAUACCAUCGUAAGAAACAAAAUGAAACUGACUAGGGAGCAGGAAGAGCUAGAAGAGGCCCUGGAAGUUGAGAAGCAAGACAAUGAGCAAAAAAGGCUUCUUAUACAGAAGGAAGAACUAUUUCAGCAAAAGAUGAAAAGGAAGAAUAAGCAGGAAUUAUUGGAUCAGCUGGAGACGUCUCGGCUUCCUGCAUCAAUUCUGUUGGCCCAGCACAAGGGGAAAACCACUCAGAUUGAGAUGCAGUUAGAAAAGGCUAAACCAGCAGUAACAUUUUCAACUGGCAUUAAAAUGGGUCAUCAUAUUUCAUCUGUUCCAAUUCCAAAGCUGGAAGAAUCUUUGUAUCGUUAUCAACCCAUUCAUAUAGAAACGUUGGGUCCAGAGGUCCCUCAUAUAGAAAUACUGGGAAGGCAGGGGUAUCUAAACCAUGUUCGAGCUACUUCCCCUCAGGAUCUCGCUGGAGGCUACACUUCCUCUCUCGCAUGCCAUAGGGCACUGCAGGACGCCUUCAGCGGACUCUUCUGGCAGGCGUAUUAACUUGCAUACCCCAGACUGGACAAGAACGGACGUUGGCACAAGACCAGCAUCUAACACAAGUGAAUCUGGUAAAAUUACUGCCAUCUGCAGCUAUACCUAGGCUCAGAGUGCUCUUUAAUAAAGACAGCUGUGUUCCACGGGAAUUUCUCCCCCCCCCCCCCUUAAAGACAGAAAACAGCCUUCAAACCAAUACAUUUUUUUUUCCUGGUCCUGAGAGCAACUGAAACAACAAGUCAUGUCUGAGGGAAGAAAUGAAUAAUUCCAUUUAAAUCAUUGGGAUUUCUUUAAGAAGUUGUAAAUUUUCUGUUUAUUUUUAAAUAAAGCCAACUUUUAUUAGUU